AUGGAGCAACCCCUUCUCGAUCAAGAGGAUACUCUAAAGCAAUUCCAACGUAUGUCGUAUGACGAGUACGAUCAACCAUAUUACCCUAUGCGACAACCUGGUGCGACGAUCUUUCCUUCCAAUCCGCUUUACUCUGCUCAAUAUAAGUUUCCAAAUAUGUACCCUCAAAAUCAAGCAUAUAAUGGAGAAAUAUCUCAAGAAGACCCUUUCAAAGCUCAGGUCUUUUCGCAGCAGUUAAAUCUACAAUCACAAUCUUAUCAACCAUAUGUCUAUCGUCAAACAAUGGAUCUUUCGCAACAAUUUCCCACUCAGCAAAACAUGAACCAAGAAUAUUCGAAUAUGAGAGCUGUCGCAGACCCAACUCCAAAUUACUCAGAGAAAUCACCCAGAAAGCGACAAAGAGUUAAUGAACCCAAUGGACCUACUACAAAACGAUUUAUGCCUACAGUAACCCAACCAGCUGAGACCGACACAACCAGCGAAUGUUGUAGUUCUUGUCCAAGUGGUUCAUUAUGCGCCGAGUCGGAUUGUGAUGGAAAUGAUGUCGUUGUUGCUUGCACCUCCCCAGAGUGCGAACAACCCGUUUGCACCUCUCCAGAAUGUGAACAACCCGUUUGCACCUCUCCAGAAUGUGAACAACCUGCCUAUACGGAACCUUGUGUUAGGGAUGGUGCUCUUAGCAGACGAUGUUCAGUUGUUGGAGACAAUCAAACAUCUGACAAAAUGUUUCCAACUUGGGAUAAUUAUCUCGCAAUGUCGCGAGUAGAGCAACAACGACCUUCGACAUUUCACACUUUUGCGCCUGGAUUACGAGACAACCAAGCUCAAGAAGAAAUAUCCCCUUCUCCUGUUCCAACAACACCAUCAUUGGUCUUGAAUAUGGAAACACCUUAUUCAGAUAUUGCAGUCUCACAAGCUCCAGGACCUCCUAUGCAGCAAUUGACAAACAAUAUGUCUGUGUCCUCACUUUCUGGUACUGGAAUGCGUUUCGGUGAUGGAUUGGAGAUGUUCAAUUGUAAUUGGUUGGACUGUGGACAGCCAAUGCAUGAUCAAUAUGAAUGGCAUAAACAUUUUCAUCAGGAACAUAUCGAUCCACAAUUUACCUUCAAUUGUCCAAUGCCUUCAGGAUCUUGUCAUACACCACUCAACUCGAAUCCUUUAGAUCAUUUGCAGAUGAAUCAUGGCUUUACCUUUGAUGAAAAUCUCAAUGGAUUUCCUUGUCCUGCUCCUGGAUGUCUUGCGGAUGAGAUGUAUUGUGAUCCUUCAAUGCUUCACAAUCAUAUGGAUCAAAUGCAUGCUAUACCUCUGCAAGGGCAGUUACAGUGUCAAAUUGAUUCUUGUAAUACCUCAUAUCAAGAUCCAAAUCAAUUCUUCAAUCAUUUAAAUCAUGAUCACAAUUUACCAAUUCCAAUGACACCUGUUGAGGAAAUUGAUCUUUCUAAUAUACCAAUGCCAGAAGCAAAGGCAUCGGAAGAGGUAAAAGAGAUCGCUCCAUUGGCGAAGAACGAAAGAUCAGAAUCGCAUAAUCAUCUAUCUUGCAAAUGGUUAACCAACAACCAUCUUUGCGGUCAGGUACUUACAUCAGAAAGUGAUCUUCAAACUCAUGUCAAAGAUUUUCAUUUGUCUGUUUUGAACAAAACUUCAGGUUAUUUUUGUAAAUGGCAAGGUUGUUCUCGAAAGCAUAAAAUGGGUGAUAAGGAAGGAUUUUCUCAAAGAGGAAAACUCGAAAGACAUAUGGCGAGUCAUACAGGGUUCAAGGAAUGUACGUGUGACUAUCCUGGUUGUGGAAAAACAUUCGCGGCGGCUCAGUCUUUAAAACAACAUUACCGUCUCCAUACUGGUGAAAAACCAUGGAAAUGCAAAUACUGCCCAAAAUCUUUCCCUCAGCAAAGUGCAUGCACAGUUCAUGAACGCAUACACACUCAGGAAAAACCUCUGGUUUGCAAUAUCUGUGGAAAGACUUUUAGCGAAUCGUCAAAUUUAGCAAAACAUAGAAAGACUCAUGGGGAGAGAGGUCAUUAUGAAUGUCCAGAGUGUCCAAAGACAUUUCAUAGGUUGGAUCAAUUAAAAAGACAUGGGGAGAUGCAUGAGAGGAGAAAGAAGAGAGCUAUUAAUGGUGAGGGCGAAGAGGGAAAGAGUGAGAUUACAGAAAGUAUCGCGACGGAAAGUGUGAUUGAUGGGGUUAGUGUGAGAGGUGGUGAUGAGAAUGGGAGGUGA